GACUUAGUCCCCGAUCUCGGUUCUGUGAUCAUUCAAACGGAAACAUCCAAUAAAGACGGCCACGCUCAUUGGCCAGAAUCUGAUUGAAAGUGCCAACUCCAAAGUGAUAGACGAAGGAUCCCUAAUUAGUAUUACAUAAGUGUUAAAGUUUAUUUUUGAGAUUAUAAUAGAAAAUAUGUCAGCUUUAAUCUAUGGAACUGCCUUGCUGGCCGUCUUGCACUUAGUCCUGGCAAAGGACUACAGCUGGUGUGAUCCUACUCUCUGCGAGAAUGGUGUCAAGCACAUCGCCUGCCGUAAUACCGGACAAUUUGCCAGACGUUGUCAGCCUGAUGCUGUCCAAGUGGAUAUAAGCCGCCACAAGGGAGAUUUUCUGCAUGCCCAUAACAAGAGAAGAAACUUCCUGGCCUUAGGAAAAGUGCCAGGAUAUUAUCCCGCUGCCCGAAUGGCCACAAUGGUGUGGGAUGAUGAACUGCAGUACCUGUCCAUGCUGAACUCCCGAACCUGCAAGCUCGACCACGAUGAUUGCCACAACACCUACAGAUAUGCCAACGCAGGACAAAAUCUCUGCGCCGUCUGGCGUCCUAGGGAUCCCUAUGUGAAUGUUACCAGUUUGGUGGAGGAGUGCUUGGGCCUCUGGUUCAACGAAUAUUCCCUGAUAGACAGCAGCUUUAUCGAUGCCUUCAAAGUCACCUCUAUUUUUGAGGACUAUGGACACUUUGCUGAGAUGAGUGUGGACAAGAGUUUCGCGCUGGGCUGCUCCAUCAUGAGAUUCACACGUCCCGACUAUCCAUCCGUGUUUAUCUACAACUUUAUCUGCAACUACGCUUCACUGUACGCCCUGGGAGCUCCUGUCUAUGAAACUGGACAUCCGGCAUCGAGGUGCACCACGGGCAAGAGCCACUUCUAUCCAGGAUUGUGUUCCACCCGCGAGGUGUACGAUCCCAAUUGGUAAUAGUUAACCAUCCCAGGGGGAUUCCCUCCACUCAGGUACAACUGCCAAGAGUAUUUAGUAACCCUUAAGCUUUAGAACGAAUACAAACCAAUAAAUGAUCGCAUCGA